CUGCUGCAAACUGCCUUCACCGUUCACGGUUUCAGAUGUCGUCGUCCGGUAGGUCUACAUCAUGACUGUAGUCUACGCCUAGUGCACGGCUCAGCGGGGUAGCACUCCGAUUCUCUGCACGACUGCAGGUUUGGUCAAGAGACGCUAGGCAGAGGCUGAGAGUGAGACUGUGAUUCAGAGAGAGGGAGACUGGAGUGAGGUUUUGAAGAUACAGCGACGUGUACGUUCCUAUUUUUUAUACAGCGGUUUCAUGGCAGCUGAGUAGAAAACAGCCGCCAGUGCAACUAAUUACUUGCCAAGCUGUCGACCUACUCUGUGUUCACUACCCUGGCCUGUCACGGAUCAACCAUGGCAUCUAUGGAUCAAGAUCCGAUAUCUGGAGACUACGACGAUGAUGGUGAUGAUGAUGAUGAUGAUGAUGUUGAUGAUGAUGAUGAUGAUGACUAUGAAGACCACGAUCAAGUAGGAUUUCUGAUUGAUCCUGAUAAAGACUAUCCACUGGAGCGACUAUUCUCUGAACCCAUUGCGGAGUUGAUCAGGGCAUGUGUAGAUGGUGAUCAGGAAGCCGUGCCUUGUAAUGUUGAACCAAGAAACAAUGCUGAGCCUGGCUUUUAUCCGUAUGAUAUCAACGUAAAGGCAGCUGGACUGUUGUCUUCACCGAACCAAGUGAACGUCACACGCAUCAGGCUAGUAACCGGCAAGGAAGAUGAUGGCAGUGAUGAGGUGAUUGCAUAUUUCAUCAGCGCUGAAGAGGACUACCCGUUGGAGACUUUUGUUUCGCCACCUUUGUUUCUUAUGAUGCUUGCAUGCCGGAGGGACGACCAUGACGACCUUCAGCGUCUCUUGACAAUCAACGUUGCCGGCACACAAGCAUUGGAUCCCGAUUUGCAGCGUGUGAAGGCCGCAGUUUGGGAUACGCAUAGUCACAUUCAUGUGACUCUUCUUGGGGUUCUCAUGACGGUCGCAACGGCAUUUGUCAGCAAGCGAUGUGCUGAGUUGAUAUUAUCGUAUGAUGAUGCUUCUUUGUCAGGACGUUUCCCUAUCUUUGGAAAUCAGUGUGGGGAUUGUGAAGACAAGGUGUGUGCAUCGAGGUGCACAAUCCAUUUCACAUCCGGCUAUAACAUUGACCAACUGAUCAAGACCGUAGAAAAUGGGGGCAACGUGGCAGAGGAAACCAAUGCUGCAGGCGAGAAAAUGGCCGCAGAUGAACUCAGUGACUCGCAGGAGAGUCCACUCAACAAGAGAUGGCACGCUUGUCGACACUUGGCCGAACCUACCGUGUCUCUGUUGCACAUUGCCGCAGUUAACAACAAUCCAUUGAUGUGCACGAUGCUGAUUGGGCGUGGUGUGGAUGUUGAUGUGUGCGAUUCUGAGUUUGACGAAGCGCCUGUUCACGUUGCCUCCUAUGGGGGUCAUGACUCUUUACGGGUACUUCUCGAGAAUGGAGCCAAUAUUGACUUGCCGGAUAAGGCAGGCAACACACCUCUUCACCUUGCAUCUAGACUUGGUAACUAUGAUGGUGUGCGCUUGUUGCUUGAGAAGGGUGCAAACGUACAAGUGAAGAACAAGGAUGGGCAAACAAGCUUAGACCGCGCAUGCGACUCCGAGUCACACGAAGAAUCGACCAUUUUCUGUGUCGAAGCAUUACUGCACCACUGUAUCACAAACCUUGGCACGGAAAAGGCACUGGAGAUGGCACGAUCAUCUAGAAGAGUCAGCCGACACAAAUGUACCAGGACUCUCGAGACAUUUAUCACAUUUCACGAGUUGCUCAUGGAUGGAAGUGAAGAUCCGAAUGAUCUUGUCAUCAUGGUGAGCGGUGCUGGAGAAGUGGGCAAGUCCACUAUGAUAGCUACACUCACCAGUACGACUGACACGCGGAAGGAAGAUCCUGAAAGAACCAAGGGAAUCCAGAUCACGACACAUCAGGUCAAAGACGGACCUGUGCUACACUUCAAGGACAUGGCAGGCCAGGAAGACUUCUGCGUGACACAUGACAUCUUCUCGCUGUCCUCGGCCGUUCCCAGUAUUGGCCUGAUCACAGUGAGUGGAACAAUGGACAUCGAGGACAUCACGUAUAGCAUGAAGAAAACUGCUGGCAGUUUCUUGAGCAGACGGAAGGCGCCUAUUGUCUCAGGCAAGCAGGUCUCAUCGUUGUUCACAGUUUUGGUGGUUGUGACUCACCUAGACAAGAUCAAAGAGGAAAAACUUGAUGCGAUCUCUGAUGCGUACCAGGCUGUGCGCAACGAAUUCCGAAAAAAGCUUUCGUUCGAGCGAUUUCUACCAUUGAAUGCAAAGGAGAAGGAUGAGCGUUUCGCAGCAUUCGAGAAGGAGCUGAUAUCUGUCUGCAUGGAAGAGUUGAAGAAGGCUCCAAAGCAACCGAAGAUUCUGAGUCAGGCAGCAGAAGUAUUGCGCUCAGUGCAGAAUGACAUUGGCAAACCGUACUCCAGCAAGGACAUGUUCACAAACAGCCUUUGCACCGCACUAAACCUGACACAGCUCAGCAAUCCGGACACGAUUGACAAGCAGGUGAUGUCAUUCACGAAAGCGCUGACUGCAUACGGACUGAUCGUUUCUUUCAAUGCUGCGCAACUGAAGGGUCUCAUUGUCAACCGUCCUGGCUGGCUAUUGGAGCAUGCCGUCGGUGUUGUCUUCUCACCGGGGAACUUCAAGGGUGUCAUUGUGAAGUUCAUCAAUGGUGCAGCACCACUGGAAGAUGUUAUUCGCACGCUCAACGAAUGUAAGGAAGCGGAAGGGGAAGGGCUAAUGAUCCUACGCAUGGUCAUUCAACUCGGUGUAGCUCUUCAAGUUGGUGAGGAGCUGCUGGCCCCGCAAAAACUACCAUUGUCAAGCUGCCGCCUGGGUACAAUGCUGAAAGAAGAUGCUGAGGACACCGCCAAAAUCUUCUAUGCUGGCAUGGAAUUUGUUUGUGAGGAUGCCCCGGGCUUCUCCCCCGCUAUGGUUGUCCGCGUGCAAACCCAGCUCUAUGCAUAUUUUAAUGACAAAAAUCACCCAUUGAGCAACCUGGACAAGAAUCCCGUGUGCAAGCUACACAAGAAUAUUGUUGAAAUCGCCACAGGAGAUUCCUCGGCACUAGGCUGCGUGUCAUUCUGUGAGAGUAUGCUUCGCGCCGUUGCUGUUGUUCGGGCUGAUGAAGCAGAUCGUUUUGAUGCGUUCUGCUUGCUCAACAUCCUGCAACUGGUGUUCUUUGAUAUGAACGAGCAGCAUAGCCCUGGCACGUCAUUCCAGAUGAAAGCUGUCAGCCCAUCGUCGAUACGCAACCAGCUGUCAACUGUCUCCAAAGACUUCUCGUUCGUUUCUUAUGAUACAGAUCACGUACGUCGAAACUUCUCCAAUGGAAGACCUCUUCGCACCGGUGCUUUCAGAGACAAACCUUCAGACUUCCUGUGCCUGCCAGAGAAUCAUGCGUCACUGCUGCCCGACUCAGUGGUCGAAAAGCUCGACUUGGCUCUCGAUCAAGAAGAUCUUGUCAGGUUUGCAAGUCUCCUGAAGCGCCCACGGGCCCGGGCCAGUGUAGAUGACAGCACCACAGUCACAAGCCUGAUCAGAACGUGGUCGUUUGCUGAUGUGCGAAACACCACAACCAAGCUGUUUGAAGUACUGGCAAGAUCUGAUGAAGCUGGGACGUAUGGUGAUAUCUGCAGCAUCCUGGAGGAACAUGAGGAACGUCUUUUCUGCCUCUUCCCGGAUAUUUUCCACGAAGACGGUGUGGAUGAAGAGGCCGCCAAAAAGGAGGCACACGAAGGAGAAUCUGAGGUCUCAAGCGAUGCUACGGAAGCCACCUCCAGUGCCGGGAAAGGCUUGACAAAGACCUGUGAGCUAGUUUUGAAACUGGAGCCUUAUCACGGCAAUUGGAGACCAAGCAAGCGUAUUCAAACACUAGACUUGCCUCCGCAGUUGUCUGGUUUCAGAGGCCAAACCAAUCCCUGGAAGCACCCAGACUUUCCAACUGACCGGUAUCGUGGCUGGAUACUCACCCUGCCAGCAGCUACGUUCCGGAGAAAGGUCAUUGCAAAGCGCCUGCUACCCGGCAAUGGUGUGAUUGAAAAGCUGCGCCUCCGUGAGAAGAACGACGGGACUCGAGAGCAUAAUGAAGACUUGCUGACUUAUCUCCUGCCGGGUGGCCGGGCGUACUUCAAAACCUUCCUGGAUAUCAUUGAAGCCAUGUACCCGUACAAGCGUUCUGAAUUCGAGGCAUUGCUGGAUCCUCCUGAAGCAUGAGCUGAAAUCAUUGUAAGUUACUGGAUCUAUCAAAAUUAUCACUACUGCUGCUGCCGCCUCAUUACUGCUGCUGCUGUUGCUAUAUUUCUGCUGUACAUUUUCAGCCCAUGGUGCCUUCGGGAUCACUACCACGGAAGUGUCUUUGCUUUGUUGUUUGUUGGUGUGACACAUAUGUGCCUUUUAUAGAGAAAUAGAAAUAUCAUCUUGGCUCUUCCCAUCGGCUAGCACUAUUUUUGUCAUUACGCUUCUCAGUUUGGAGGUCACUAAUCAAUGAGACUUCCAUAUUAUAAAUCUACUGGCUGUUCCAGCAUAUUUUGCUUCUGAAAUUUAUCGUUUACGAUUUACAUGGAUCAGAGUCUAAAAUUGCAACUUUUUAUUAUAUUGUUGGAGAGCACAGGCAAGUGUCCUCAAUGGCUUUAUUCUUGCUGCCGCAUUAGGGUUUUGGCUUGCAGCAGUGUGCUUUCCAAGAGGGCAAUGGCACAUUUCCGAACAUGACCGUUCUGCUCUCUGGUUGACAUUAUUCGCAGUAAGAGCUUAGCGUAAAGUGCCUCCUCUUAUCGCUCCUUUCUUCUUUGAAAUUACGGCACCCACUGUUCCACAGUAAUGGCUAUUGUGUUAAACACAAUUUUUUGUUUCUUUGUGUUCUUUUAGACAGUUAUCAUGAGGGCAAUGAUUAUGUGUAAAGAAGUUUGUUUGAUAUGAUAUUAAUGUUGUUGUUGUUGUUCACCCUGUUCAAUACCCUCAACUAAUGCAUACUUGUUGUUGUACACGUGAGCAUCUCCCCUUCCUAUUCUUUUGCCUUGUGAAAUUUCUUGCUGGUUAUUUCUAUUUGGAUUGUUGCACUUUGUUGGUUGGUCACCUGUACUACAAUGUAUGUGCAAACAUGUUAGUGAUCGUUUCUAUGGGAACUCAGGUGACAAGGCACUUUCAUUUAUCCUUAUCCUGAGCUGUGACUGUUGGUUGGUGGGCCCAGAGCAUAUCCUUAUCCUGUAUGUACUUCGAAAGUAUGUUUUAAA